AUGUACCUCAUUAGCAUUCUCAUGACCGUCCUGGUUGCAUCUAUUCCGGUCAACGCGCAGCUGAACCAGAUCGCUGUUGCGGCAGGCUUCAAGUAUUUUGGCACAGCUGUUGAUAAUCCUGGCCUUAACAACCAAGCGUACAUGAACAUCGCCUCGAACAAGAAUGAGUUCGGUCAGAUCACCCCAGCCAACGGACAGAAGUGGGACUCCACAGAACGAUCCCAAGGCCAGUUCAGCUACACCAACGGUGAUGCUGUCACCAACAGAGCGCGACAGGCUGGCCAGAUUCUGCGGUGCCAUACUCUUGUGUGGCAUAGCCAGCUGCCCAGCUGGGUCAACAACAUCAAUGGACGCGAUGCCAUGACGAGAGUCCUCCAAACCCAUAUCCAGAACGUGGCCGGUCACUACAAAGGCCAAUGCUAUGCCUGGGACGUGGUUAACGAAGCUCUCGAGGAUAGUGGUGCCUACCGCAACAGCCCUAUGUACCGAGCCCUCGGCAAGGACUUCAUCCCCCUCGCCUUCCAAGCUGCCAGCGCAGCAGAUCCAGCCGCAAAGUUGUACUACAAUGACUAUAACAUUGAGAGUCCCGGCGCCAAGUACAAUGAAGCCCUCAACAUCGUGCGCAGCAUCAAGGCCUCAGGCGCUAGGAUCGACGGCGUCGGCCUGCAGGCCCAUUUCAUCGUGGGCCAGACGCCGAGCUUGGCGAACCUGAAAACCGUUUUGGGUGGUUUCGCAGCCUUGGUUGACGAGGUUGCCUACACGGAGCUCGAUAUUCGACAUCCGAGGCUUCCUGCUUCAGAUGCGGAUCGGCAGCAGCAGAGUCGGGACUAUCAGAUUGUUGCGCAAGCAUGUCUUGAUACGCCUAAGUGUGUUGGCAUCACGGUGUGGGACUUUGCCGACCAGUACUCUUGGGUUCCGCAAACAUUCCCUGGCCAGGGAGAUGCUUGCCUUUGGAACAGUAAUCUUCAAAAGAAGCCUGCCUACACGGGGUUGGUCAGUCUUUUCUCGAGCGCUGCAGCGGCUCGAGCCAGUACUAGUACACGACUGGCAACAUCGACAAGUGCUGCCACGAUCUGGGUUCCGCCCCCAACAGCUACGUCGACAGUCCACUCGACGACUAGUACUUCGGCUACCUCGUCGCGCAGUACAUCGACAACACCGCCCCCGGCCCCGGAGCCUACGCAGACUAAGUAUGGACAGUGUGGAGGUUCCAAUCAUGUUGGGCCGACGAAGUGUGCGGCUGGUAGUAGUUGCACGGUGCUGAACCCAUGGUAUUAUCAAUGCUUGUAG